AUGAAUUCCACUCAAUCCACCACAGACCUGAGGCAACGUAUCGAACAGACAGCUCGAUCAUUCCUCUUCAGAUUCGAAGAGAGCUCAACAAAGAACGAGGCCUCAAUCAUCAAUUUCGACGUCAUGGAAGAUUGCACUCGACAUAUGCUACCUGCGUCUGUAAACCAGACUUUCCAGCUUCCAAAGGAUUUUUUCUUCGAUAACAAGACCUAUCAGGAAGCCGUAGCCAACGACAUCAAGGUGCUCAAAUUCAAGAACAACGUCCUUUCCAACUUGGUCAUCGACACUGAAGCCAGACUGGCCACCUUUACGUCCAUCGCUGAAAUACAUCCUGUCGAUGGCUCAGAUUGGUACUCUGCCGAGCAAGCCUGGUACCUAUAUUUCAACGACGAUGGGUCCAAGGUCGCUAAGGUGGUGGAGUUCUGCGACAAAGACGUUCUCGUGAAAAUGGCGAGCGCAUCCAAGUAA